AUGAAGAGAGUUCCUCCAAAGAUCGUGAACCUGUCAAAGGACCUUGUGGUGAAUGAAGGUUCCAACGUGACUUUAAUGUGCCUGGCUAAUGGAAAACCAGAACCUGCCAUCGGCUGGAGGAUGUUAUCACCUUCAGAUGACAGCCUAAGCUCAGACAGCGAGGUUCUGGAGAUUCCCUUCAUCAGCAGAUAUAGAGCAGGAGUGUACGAAUGCACCGCAGCCAACGAAAUUGCAGUGGACACACAGACUGUUGAGCUCACAGUCAACUACCCUCCCAGUGUUUCAGAUGGCAGAGAUGUUGGCGUGACCCUGGGUCAGAGAGGUGUCCUGCAGUGUGAAGCAGAUGCUGUACCAGAGGCAGAUUUUGAGUGGUACAGAGAUGACAGGAGGAUCUUCAGUGACUUCGAUGGCAUUGAGAUCGAGGAUGCUGGAGCAUUUUCAAAGCUGACUUUCUUCAACGUAUCCGAGGCAGACUAUGGCAAUUACACCUGCGUCGCUAUCAACAAACUGGGGAGCGCUAACACAAGCAUCAUCCUAUACGAAAUAAUCGAACCCACUAGUUCGACGCUAUUGCAAGGACCCGGAGCAGUUCAGGAUGGCAACAGCGGCACGUCAACGGUCUUCACACCCACCUGUCUACUUCUCAUCAUACUUCUACAACUCUUGCUCAAGUUUUGAUGCCGAAGAUGUUUUUCAGUGGAUAAAAAUCACAGUUUGUGUGACAUCACUCAUCCUGGAGUCGCAAAUCGUGCAUGGGUUACCGAAAAUGCCCAAAGAUGUGCAUGGGGUACCCACGUACUUAUUUUUAAUAAAGUAAUCAUGCAUUUCUUUUGUUUAUAAUAGAGUUUAAUAAUGUAACUCAUCUUACAUUGCUAAUUAUCGCACUGUUUAGCCCCACUGAAUACAGGUUUUGAAUCCAUAAAAUGCAAAUGACAGAGGCAUGUUUAAUUUUAAAUAUUUAUUUUUGUGACUAUCAUUUUAAUUUAACUCUGUAACCCCUUAAGAAUUCAUAUAGAAUACAGUGUGAUUGGGGAGUAAUUAUUUCAAGUCAAAGGCAUGCAAUAAGGAAGGGAAUAUGUCUCAGUCUUUUUUUUUUGGAUUGUUGUUAUAUACUUUACUGUAUCAUAACUGUAAAACUGAUCAAAAUAAGCAGCACAAAAGACACAAACAUGUAUUUUUUUUGAGUACAUCUAAUCUGUAUUUUACCAUUUAACACACACAAAACAAUGCGGUACAUAUCAGUAUUUUUUAUUUUGAUAUUAUUUUGAUGACCAGAAUGGCACAGUUGGACUGAUGUACAAUGUAGUCAAAGUUGGAAAAAGUUGCAUUUGGAGAUUUGUUCUGGGUGUAAUGCAAAGAUAUUGGAUCCAAUUUAAAAGCCCAAAGAGCAAUCUGCUAAUAUCUGUUGAUUUGUAUUUUUUAUUUUUGUUACCACAGUUUUUCCAAAUGGCUUUUUGUUGAAUUCUGUCUAGAUUUUGAGUUACACAAACCAAACUUGGCGCUUCAAAUGUUCUUUAUUUAAACACUCUCAUCGCCGUUCCUGCUAACAUCUCUGUAUGUAUAUGCAUAUAUAUAACUUGUACAAAGGGAAAAUAUGCACACUUGUUUUUACUAAAAUUGUGAACCUGUUUAAUACAAUGCAACAUUUUCUAUUAUUAUUAUUUUUUUAUUCCCUUUUUCUGAAGCUAUGUAAUUUAUUUCUCAAAUGGUAUUAUGGUAGAUACCAGCUCAUUUCAGUAACUCAUUGUGAACUCCGAUGUCUAAAUAUUGUGAUUUCGGAAAAAGCAGAUGAGACUCAUUUGACACUCAUUUGAAAAUGUCAUUGUUAUCCUUUGUAUUCUGGAAAAAAAAAAGUGAGAUUUGAUUAGAAGUUCAGUUUCUGAAUCUUACCAUCGCAGUUUAAGAUGCUGUUUGACCCUUAAAUCCAUAUUACAGUUUUGUUGCAACAUUUGACAGGAUGUAUGUCUAAUGUUUCCCUUUUUUUUCAUUUGAAGGAAUAGUUCUGCCAAAAAUGAAAACUGUCAAUAUUUAUUCACCAGCAUGCUUUUCCAAAGAAUAAACAAAACAAAACACAAAAUUCUGAGAACAGAAACAAGUAUUCCUUGAACAUUUCAGUUAUUCUGCUAAACUAUCAGGCCUCGGAUGACUUGGAAUGUAGUGCACAAGUCAUACUGACCACUUUUAUGAUGUUUUCUUGUCAUUCUUGUUGCUCAACAGCAUCUGUCACUUAGGUAAAAUAACUAUUAAGACAUUCGCCAGUACAUCAUUUGUGAUUUAUGAAAGAAAAAAAAAAAUCCCACAAAAUGACUUGAGUGUGAGUAAAAUGAUG